UAAGUAGAGCUCAACAACUUAGCAGAGUGAACACACUCAAGGAAGGUGUUUAGCAGAUGAAGGAUCAACAUAUUGGUCAUGGAUAGGGGAAAAAGGGAAACUGAUGACCUGGGAGAGGGAGAAACAGCUGGUGAAGCCAUUUGCUUGAGUAGGCAGAGGGCUUGGGUGGAGAAGCAUGGACCACUCAUCUUUAGUAAGGUGAAGGAAGGUAGUGUCUGUCAGGUAAGGCAAGGCUGUGGUGGGAACCUUCUAAGUUCUCUUCUGACCUCUCUGUGCACAGUGGAAUGGAAGGCAGUGUUAUCGCUGAUAGUGCAGAGAGUGAGACUAGGAGGAGGAGAUGAUGAGAAAGGGUGUGAAGGAAUGACUAAGGGCGUGGGAAAGUAAGUAGACAAAGAAAUAUAGGGCAUUCCCAUUUAAAGCAAUGACUCUGAACUCUCUCCCCAGUAAAGGCACGUACCAAUCCAGGUAUCCAUGCAGAGAACCAGGUCCACAAGCCCUGGGACUAUCAGUAGCAGCUUGCCUGUUUUUGGACAUGAACAGAUUGAGUCUCUCCUCAGUCUCAGCGGUCACUCCCUCUUUAUGCAGCAAUUCAGACCCACCUUGGCUUUUAGGUUAGCUUGUACAAUAGUGGUCUAUAAAGUUCUCAUGUAGCCUAUGUCUUCUUGCUCAAGUCCCAGACAUGCCCUCCUUUCUUUAGCUUCCACUGCCCUGUGCUCAAUGGCAUGGUAAUGCUAUUUUUGCCCAUUUUGGAUUGCCAAACUGGCCUUAAUCUCAGGCUUAGGAGAACUUUCUGGAUGCCUCCUCAGGUUACUGUUAAGGGAUGAAGCCUCUUGGAUGGCCCACUUCUUGGUCUUCUGGGCUCUGACCCUCACUGGAUGGAUGGAUGGAUGGAUGGAUGGAUGGAUGGAUGGGCAGAUGGGCUUGAUGGCCUAGAAAACCCCAAAAGGAGAGCCUAAGGGAUGGCUACUGACACAAAGAGAAAGAGCAGCAGCGAAUGCCCUGAUGGCACAUUGGCGCCUACCGAUGGGCAGAAUGUGGAAAGAGCUGAGAGCCCCACACCAGGACUGACCCAGGGAAAGGAGCCAGGUGCCGGGCAGGAGGGUGCCAUGUUUGUUCAUGCCCGUUCCUAUGAGGACCUGACUGAAUCGGAGGAUGGGGCAGCUUCUGGGGACAGCCCCAAGGAGGGUGCUGGGGUUCCCUCACCACUGCCUGCAGACAUGCGUCAGAUCAGCCAGGACUUCAGCGAGCUGAGCACCCAGCUGACAGGUGUGGCUCGAGACCUGCAGGAAGAGAUGCUGCCAGGAAGCUCUGAGGACUGGCCAGAGCCUGCAGGGGCAGCUGGGCGACCAGUCACAGAGCCCUCCAGGGAUGGGUCAGGCGAGGGAGAUGAGGAGGAGGCUGCUGAGGCAUGGCGACUGCACCAGAAGCAUGUCUUUGUGCUGAGCGAGGCGGGGAAGCCUGUGUACUCCCGCUAUGGGUCGGAAGAGGCACUUUCCAGCACCAUGGGUGUCAUGGUGGCCCUGGUGUCCUUCCUAGAAGCAGACAAGAACGCCAUUCGCUCCAUCCACGCAGAUGGUUACAAGGUAGUAUUCGUGCGCCGGAGUCCCCUGGUGCUGGUGGCAGUGGCCCGGACGCGGCAGUCAGCGCAGGAACUGGCACAGGAGCUGCUUUAUAUCUACUACCAAAUCUUGAGCCUUCUCACUGGCGCGCAGCUGAGCCACAUCUUCCAGCAGAAGCAAAACUACGAUCUGCGGCGCCUGCUCUCGGGCUCGGAGCGCAUCACCGACAACCUGCUGCAGCUCAUGGCGCGAGACCCCAGCUUCCUGAUGGGGGCAGCACGCUGCCUGCCUCUGGCGGCGACCGUGCGUGACGCAGUGAGUACCUGCCUGCAGCAGGCGAGAGCGCGCAGCCUGGUCUUCUCCAUCCUGCUGGCUCGCAACCAGCUCGUGGCGCUCGUGCGCCGCAAGGACCAAUUUCUGCACCCCAUUGACCUGCACCUGCUCUUCAACCUCAUAAGUUCUUCCUCGUCCUUCCGCGAGGGCGAGGCCUGGACGCCCGUGUGCCUGCCCAAAUUCAACGCGGCCGGCUUCUUCCACGCACACAUUUCUUACCUGGAGCCCGACACUGAUCUCUGCCUGCUGCUGGUCUCCACCGACCGCGAGGACUUCUUUGCAGUCUCUGACUGCCGCCGCCGCUUUCAGGAGCGCCUGCGGAAGCGCGGAGCUCACCUGGCGCUGCGGGACGCACUGCGCACGCCCUACUACAGUGUUGCCCAAGUGGGCAUCCCUGACCUGCGCCACUUCCUCUAUAAGUCAAAGAGCUCAGGACUCUUCACCAGCCCUGAGAUUGAGGCCCCCUACACCAGUGAAGAGGAACAGGAGCGGUUGCUGGGUCUCUAUCAGUACCUGCACAGUCGUGCCCACAAUGCCUCCCGCCCCCUCAAGACCAUCUACUACACGGGCCCCAACGAAAAUCUCCUGGCCUGGGUGACAGGUGCUUUUGAACUCUACAUGUGCUACAGCCCCCUGGGGACCAAGGCAUCUGCUGUCAGUGCCAUCCAUAAGUUGAUGCGCUGGAUCCGCAAAGAAGAAGACCGCCUUUUCAUCCUUACACCUCUCACGUACUGAUGAGAAUGCGUGGGUUCAGUCCUCCUAGGCUCACUGGGCCAUGGAAGCCAUGGGAGCCAUCGGGUGGGGCUGGCCUCUCCUGCCCAGGCAGCAGGCAGGGACUGUGGGUUGGUGGGUACAUUAAAGUACUU